UGCCUGAGGCCGAGGCGCAGGGCACAAUGAGAGGGCGCAGGCUCAGGAAGCAGGACUUCCUAGAACCCCCGGACAUCCAAGGACGGAGAGGGCCGCUGCAGGGUGGCGCAGCUGGUUCCAACAGGCAUGUCUUGAGCACCUGCUGCGCGCAAGGUGCCAGGACACCUGAAGUAGCUGCCCUCCAAGGGCCCUUCCAACCCUCGGCCUCCCCACUGGAGACCCCACAGUGGACUUCCAUGAGCAGCGAGUGCGUGGUGGGCCCAAGCGUGUCACCGCCCGGCCUGGCCAGGUCUCCGAGGGAGCGGCAGCCCCAGGGGACUCCCGGUGGGGUUUGCGGCACCCCCGCUGCGUCCCUGGGCAGCAGCCUCUGCGCCCACCCCCGGCAGCCAGGCCGCCCUGGCGCUGCCGACCGGGCGCCUCACUAAACACAGUGGGGGUAGCAGCCGCGUGUUGAGCGCCUACUACAUGCCAGGCCUGUUCUGGGCACUGGGGACACGGCGUGAGCAGAGUCACUGCCCUCCUGGGGAGUUUAGGGCCAUGCUUGGUGCAGAUGGGACCUCAUGGCUACUCAAAAACACACUGUCCCCAUUUUACAGAGGAGGAGAAGGAGGCAGCACGCAGACACGAGUCUUCCCGAGGGAAUCUGGCCUCACCUGUGUAGCGCUGUCCCUGUGCCUGAACCCUCCGCUGACACCAUCCCUGCUUAGCCCCUUCCUCGGCCCCCACCUCAGGAUAAACUCACAGCCCCUCUGUGAGGCACAACUUUCCCUCACGUGUGCGCCGGCCUCUCUCGGGCUCAUGUCUCAUUUUCCACCCCACACUCUGUGCUCCGUGUGCUCAGCAGCCCACAGGUCCUCGAAUGCUCCCUCUUGCAUGGCUUAGGGCUUUGCACUUGCCAUUCCCCCUGCCAAAAGGCCUUUCCUACCGUGCCGUGGCUGACCACUGGUGCCACCUCUUCCGGGAAGCCCUCCCCGACUGCCCUCUGACAGCGCCUGAGUCAUUGUACGCGUGCCAGCUCCCAUCUCUCCUGCCUGCUGCAAUAUUGAUUCUCCGCGCGACUACAGCAAUGGCCAGGCUCCUGCCAUAGCUCAAAACACCAUGUGCUGCUCCUUUGUAGGACGAUGAGCAUUCAGAUUACCUAGUCAUUGGUUCAGUGUCCAACGCCUCUACUCUAUGAGGUCCAAGAAGCACACGGGUCCUAAUGGGCUCGGAACACUGUGCUACGUAAGGAUAUGCUCAAGUUAUUAAUACUAUUAUUCCCGAUGGGGACACAGGCUGAGAAGGGCUGGGAUUUACCUAAGUUCCUGCAGCAAGCUGCUGGGAGCCAGAAUGAGGGGCAGUGGAGCAGCGUUUGGAAGCAAAAUUCUGGAGCCAGAUUGCUUGGGUUCAAAUCCCAGCUUCCCGACUCACUUGGGCAAGUUAGUUGACUCUUUGAGCCUCAGUUUCCUUGUCUGCACCAAGGCGACCUCAUCUUAGAAGAGUGCCUGGUGCGUGGUGUGCACUUAGGAAUCAGGUAGUUGCAGUUCUCAUUACCCAACCUGCCUGACUCCCUGCCCAGGGCCAUGCCUGCCCUCCCAGUUCCUUCCUGCCCCACCCGUCACACUGCAGAGGAAGACACCCAUGAAACGCACAGCCUCAGGGGAGAAACUGCAGGAGGAAGCUUCUCCCCAGGGUGUCACCACGCAUGUGCGGAAACGACUUUGAGCAGCUUCCGGAUGACGUUGCCAUCUCGGCCAACAUCGCCGACAUCGAGGAGAAGAGAGGCUUCACCAGCCACUUUGUUUUCGUCAUCGAGGUGAAGACCAAGGGGGGCUCCAAGUACCUCAUCUACCGCCGCUACCGCCAGUUCCACGCCCUGCAGGGCAAGCUGGAGGAGCGCUUCGGGCCCGAGAGCAAGAGCCCCCUGGCCUGCAGCCUGCCCGUGCUCCCAGCCAAAGUCUACGUGGGCGUGAAGCAGGAGAUCGCCGAGAUGCGGAUCCCCGCCCUCAACGCCUACAUGAAGGGCCUCCUCAGCAUGCCCGUCUGGGUGCUGAUGGACGAGGACGUCCGGAUCUUCUUUUACCAGUCGCCCUACGACUCAGAGCAGGUGCCCCAGGCGCUCCGGCGGCUCCGCCCGCGCACCCGGAAAGUCAAGAGCAUGUCCCCGCAAGGCGCUGGCUUCGACCACAUGGCAGCUCCGCGAGCAGAGGCCAUGUUUGACUUCACUGGGAACAGCAAACUGGAGCUGAAUUUCAGAGCUGGAGACGUGAUCUUCCUUCUCAGUCGGAUCAACAAAGACUGGCUGGAGGGCACUGUCCGGGGCGCCACCGGCAUCUUCCCGCUUUCCUUCGUGAAGAUCCUCAAGGACUUCCCCGAGGAAGACGACCCCACCAACUGGCUGCGCUGCUACUACUACGAAGACGCCAUCAGCACCAUCAAGGACAUCGCCGUGGAGGAGGACCUCAGCAGCACUCCACUAUUCAAAGACCUGCUGGAGCUCACGAGGUGAGGGGCUGUGGGGGAGGCAGGGACCCCGCAGGAGAGAAGGACCGAGUGUUAGUGGCGAGCUGCUCGGUGCUUUGCGCCACGGCCCAGCCCUGCAGGUCGGGUGCCAGCUCCCCGGGUUGGAGACGAGCCCGGAGCUGCGGAGAGGUAAAGAGGCCUUAGCUGAGGCCAUGCAGUUCAUGACUCUAGGCCUAGACCUGCAACUACAGCCCAAGUCUCUCUGGCUAGAAGCCUUGGACUUGGACCCUCCACCCUUGGGGAACUCACUACCUGCCAAGGUCCACGUUGUUGUUGGGCAGUUAUCCUACAGCACGGUGAUAGCACUGAAACAUGUCUACUAUGAAAGUCAUACCUACUCAUUACAAAAAGAAGAAAUGUCAGUAAUCACAUCAGAAAGAUAUAAAGAAGUGAAAUCACCUCAUGCUUUUACUCCUCUCAUUCUUUGAUGUACAUUCAGAUUGCUUCAGUACACACACACACGCACAUUAUGUUGGUGACAGGGAACCCUUCUGUGGCUGCACCCUAAUUAAUGUAGCCAUGCCCUUUUGUUAGGAUUUCUUGCACUUUUUUACUGCUGUGAACAACGUUGUUAUGACCAUCUUUGUUCACCUAUUGGAUGACUUGUCUGAUUUCCUUGUGAUGAUUUUCAAGAAGUGGAACUUUGGGAUCAAAGUGUUUGCAAACCUGUUAGGUUUCUGGCCCAUUUUGUCAAACUCCCUGUAGAAAGUUCAGAUCAAGGUUGACGCUUGCCAGCCCGGUGGGAGAAGGCCAUCGUCCUCACCCACGGCGCACAGUUCCAGCCCGACCACGCUGUCUCCAUAGCCUCACGCGGUAUCUCUCUGGGCUUGCCUCCGCCCUGCUCUGUGCCCGGCCACGCCCGAUCCUCUGCCUCGCGCACGCAUUUAUGCACAAGACGAUGUGCAUAAAGGGACUAUGUGAAAGUCCCUUCUCUCCUUUGGGCCUCGGUUUCCCCAUCUGUACAAUGGGAGGUGCGACUACUUGGGUGAUAAGGGCUUAUGUCAAGCUCUGAUCUGACCUUUUUUUUUGAGACAGACUCUUACUCUGUUGCCCGGGCUAGAGUGCCGUGGUGUCAG